GCGCAUGCUCAGUGCUGCUCUGCUCCUGAACACCUCACAACAUCCAUCGCCUACAUGGAUGGCUUAACAACCGUCAGCAAAGACCAGAGCCAGAAAAAGCCCCGAUUCAACAUGGACUGCGUUAAAUUGGACCUCUCAGACUUAUUAGGCACAAAUAAUAUAAUUAUAACGUAAAGCAUCGUCUUAAGCGUCAAUUUCAGUGGCAGUUGCAGCCAUUUCAUUUAUUUUGCUUUUAUAUACCGUUCGUUGUCGUGAAUGAUUCCACAGAUAUAGACAAGAGAGCUCAAUAAUAGCGUUUAUUGCGGACAAUAUCAACUGAACAACGGCACAGUUUCAGCGAUGGCAGACGCGGAGUUGCAAACCUUUACAUCCAUCAUGGAUGCCCUCGUGCGCAUAAGCUCUAACAUGAAGAGUAUGGAGCGUGAGCUGCACUGUCCGGUGUGUGAGGAGAUGGUGAAGCAGCCCAUUGUUCUGCCAUGUUCGCACAGUGUGUGUGUGUUGUGUGCAGCUGAAGUGUUGGUUCAGAGAGGUUAUCCACCACCUGAACUCCCUCCAGAGCCCAACACUCCCACCUCCAGCCCCCUCACACGCUCCCCUCGACAGAACCGCAGACCUCCACCAAAAACAGACCGACUGGACAGAGUCAUCAGGACAGUGUGCGGAACUCAUCCGGGACGCAGGCGUAAAGACACCCCUCCUAUACUCAUGCUGUUCCCCUGUCCCACAUGCAGAAGAGACGUGGAGCUGGGAGAGCGAGGCCUGGCCGACUGUCUGAGAAACCUCACGCUCGAGCGCAUCGUGGAAAGGUACAGGCAUACAGUGAGUUUGGGCACUAUGGCGAUCAUGUGCCAGUUCUGCAAACCUCCUCAGACUCUGGAAGCCACUAAAGGUUGCGCCGACUGCAGGUCCAACUUCUGCAAUGAGUGCUUCAAACUGUACCACCCGUGGGGUACACCGCGUGCCCAGCACGAACACAUCCUGCCCACACACAGCUUCAGACCCAAGGUGCUGGUGUGUGUGGAGCACGAGCAGGAGAGACUGCAGUUUUACUGUAGGUCAUGUCAGCGUCUGUUGUGUUCACUGUGUAAACUCCGUCGUGCCCACAGUGGACACAAGAUCAUGCCGAUUGCGCUGGCUUACCAGACUCUAAAGGACAAGAUCACCAAGGAGAUGAACUACAUCUUAGCCAAUCAAGACUCUGUGCAGGCACAGAUCACCCAAGUAGAGAGUGGCAUCGCACAGACUGAGGUGAACAGUGCGGUGGUGAAGGAGCAGUUGUCUCAGUGUGUGAAUGAGCUGCGAGCUGUGCUGGCCGAGCGUCAGGGGGCUUUGGCUAUGUGUCUGGAAGGGUCUCGUGCACAGCGGGCAGCAGCUCUCAACGCUCAGCUCUCUGAAAAACAGAGUCUGCUGGAAAAUGCAGGACUGCUCACAUACACUCAGGAGCUGCUUAAGGAAUCUGACCAGUCGUGCUUUGUUCAGGCUGCCAGAGUCACACACAACAGAUUGGUAAAAGCAAUAGAAAAUCUGCAGCAUUUCUCUCUCUCUGCUGAUCCCUCUUUCCGACACUUUCAGAUGGAUGUCUCCAGAGAGCUCAAAGCACUCAGCAGCAUGGACUUUAUACAAGCCCCAUUGGCUCCUGUGAUUGACACUCAGAAGACCCUAGCCUAUGACCAGCUGUAUCUGUGCUGGCGUCUCCCACAAGACUCGGCCCCUGCCUGGCACUACUCAGUAGAGUUUCAGAGGAAAGUUGGUGGAGCUGGAGCAGUGUGGGGCAGGGUGUGGUCUGAAGGAAGCUCAGGAAGUAAUGGGACACACUGUUCUUGGCAGCGUCUGGAUGAUGUGGGCGGGACCAGUGCCGUGAUUGACAAGCUGGAGAUGGACAGUGUGUACGUUCUGAGGGUUCGAGGAUGUAAUAAGGCAGGGUUUGGAGAGUACAGUGAGGAGGUGUAUCUACACACAACACCUGCACCAGUGUUGUCGUUCUGCCUGGAUUCGCGCUGGGGUCUGCAUGCGGAGCGGGUGGCACUAGGGAAGGGGCAGACGUAUGCUCGCAGCGUUCCUGGGAUGACGCUCUUGCAGGCUGCAGAUAGGGCCCUGACCUCCUGCCAUCUCACAUCUGACCUUCUCGUAGCUGAUGUUUCCAUCACACAGGGACGACACUACUGGGCAUGCUCAGUAGAGCCUGGAUCCUACCUGGUUAAGGUGGGAGUGGGUGUUGAAGCAAAGCUCCAAGAGUGGUUCCAUCUACCACAAGACAUGGCAAGUCCACGGUAUGAUCCAGACAGUGGACACGACAGUGGCGCAGAGGACGCCCAAGACUGUCCUCCUCCUUUCUGUUUCCUCACAAUGGGCAUGGGCAAGAUCUUACUUCCCAAGUGUGGCGGAUCUAACAGCUCCACUGGACCUUUCACUGCCCCGUUACCACCUCGUCUCGGGCUGUGUCUGGACUUUGAAAAGGGACGACUCACUUUCUACGAUGCUCACUCUCUUAGAGUGUUGUGGGAGGGGACUGUUGAUUGCUCCGCCCCCAUUUGCCCAGCCUUUUGUUUCAUUGGUGGAGGCGCUCUACAGCUGCAGGAGCUAAUAGCCAAUCGCAGCACAGAGCAGAACCCACCAAGAAGAGUGACUAUCCAAACACGAGUCACAGACGCAGGUCACUAAAACAUCUGAUCGCUCUGAAACUUGUCAAAUCAGCACCUAGAAGCAAAUUGUUUUUCUAUCGACUUUGUUUACCCGCUUAUUUCAUAAGUAAUAAUGCAUUGACUGAUGAUAUUUUACAUUAAGAUCCAUUUAAUUUCAAAAGAUAAACAUUAAAAAGUGGUUAUGGAUGCUAACGACAUGUAGCAUGCUAACAACAUGUAGUGCAGUAUUAAAUAACAAGGAAUUGAUCGUUUCUGUGGCCACAAAAUCGAGAAGAGUCUGCAGACUGCAAGACAGGGACAGAACAUAAAGGGGCCUUACUGUACAUUCACACUGAAAGCGACGAGAGCGUCAAAGUAGCAGGAAGUCAUUGAUUUUCACUGGGAGCCGGUGGUGAAAAGCUGCGAGGAGCAGCAUGGUGCGUCUCCGCCUGUCACGGAGAGUUGAAUUCAAGUCAACUUUAUGGUAAUGAGCUAUGUUGCGGUUUGGCGGCAAACAAUCAGAAUGUAGAAGUCCACCGCUUGAGAGGACUUUAGAGAACACAGCCUGUGAACUUUGGUUAUGACCACAGUUGUUCCCAAAGGGUUUGAUUAUUGCGGUUGCCUGAUUUUCAAUUAUUUGCAAUGUACAGGAACAUACAUUUAAAACGUUACUGCCGAGUUACUGAUGUCCAUUAAUGUUAUAAUUUUUUUUUUCCUUAAAAAAAGGGAAUCUAAUGCGACAAUACAAAACAGUAUUGCUGCUUCAGGUUAUUUCAGACAUAUGGACAAGUAAUUAAGUGGAGCAAAGCCACACCACAUGCAACUCGAUCUUCCAUAGUUAAUUGAAAUUGAUAAAAAGUAGGCAACAUUUUGACGCUAGAAAGCAUGUUUUAUGCGGUAAUGUAACUGAUAUGAUAUGCUGCAACGGCCUUUUUAAAUACGAGAUCAAUGUAGCAAAUUUUGACGCUCUCGCCGCCGGAGCUGAAGGCAGACAGCAUAGUCGCCAGGGCGGCCAGAGUGAACUUUGACACUCUUACUGCCUUUGGUGCAAACGCACAGUUAGGGGGCGUAACUUGUAGUAUGUUAUUAAUGCCUACACCCACUCCAAACCUAAACCCAACCAUUAUCAUUAUUAAUGCUUACACCUUUCCCAAAUCUAAACUUAACCAUCAUAGUUAUUGAUGUCUACAACUACCCCAAUCCUUAACCCAACCAUCACAGUUAUUAACGUACAGCCAAGAGUUGCAGAGGCUUUCAUACUUGACGUGCUCACCAUUUUAUUGUAAUUUGCAACCACAGGGGGCGAAGCCAAGUAGGCUAAAGCCUGGUUUAUAGUUCUGCGUCGAGUGAUUGGCGUGGCCCACAACCCAUGCCUUACGCAUUACCGAGCAUUUAUACUUCUGCACACUGUUUGUGUUGCUCUGGAAUAACUAGGCAUGGCAAUAUAAUAUUCUGACAGUAUGAUAACCGAUAUAACAGUAUUGUAAUUACUGCUCUAAAAAUAUGUUUUUUACC